CUCUUUUUUUUUUUUUUCUAAUUUGAAAUAAAAACUUCACAUGUAUAACAAUUCUGGAGGGCAAUUUGGGCCUUCAAAAGGCAUCCGUCUUAGUUUUUUAACUCAAAAUGAUCAGGCAAAAUUUGAACAGCUUUUUUCUCAAAGUACUGCAUCUUCUGGUGGAAAUAAACUUUCUGCUAAUGUGGUUAGUGAGCUUCUAAGACGUUCAAAUUUAGAUAAUGAGACAUUAGCAAAGAUUUGGGAUCUUGCUUCAAUAGCUCAAGCACCUUAUUUAACAUUCCCCGAAUUUGCAGUUGCCAUGUUUUUGACGUCCAAAAAAUUGAUGGGACAAAGUCUGCCUGCUUCCCUUCCUUCUAACAUUAGAGAAGAAACAGAAAUAGCUAUGGCUACUAUUGCUUCUACUGAAACUUCUCAACAGCUUGUUAAUACUAGUGUCGCUCCCCAGCAACAGUUUAUAACUCCCAUGAUGACAGGUAUGCCUAUACAAAAUUCGAUGAGGCCUACACCACCACCUGUACCUCAAUUACCAAUGCAAACAGGUUACAUUAACAAUUAUCAAGCACCUAUGCAAACUGGUUUCCAGCCUUCAAUGCCUCCUCCACAAUCUAUUAUCCCUCCUCCACAACCAACACCUAAACUUCGACUUCAAAAUAUCGAUUUUGCUAAAAAAAUGAUGCCCAACCAAAAUGGUGUCACCAAUUUAUUAAAUCCUAGUCUGGGUUCUUCCUACAAAAUUUCUUGGAAGAUUAGUCCUGAAGAUAGACAACGUUAUCGAGAAAUUUUUAACGCCUGGGAAGGAUCUGGAUCUGGGUUUAUGUCGGGAGAAACAGCUAAAGAUGUUUUAACGCAAUCUCAACUACCUCCGGCUGACUUGAUGAAAAUUUGGAAACUUGCUGAUAGAGACAAUAAAGGAAGUUUAGAUGAAGAUGAAUUUGCCAUUGCCAUGCAUUUGGUCUAUCGUAAAUUAAAUGGAUUUGAGAUCCCUUCAGUUUUACCUCCUGAACUUGCUCCCCCAUCCAAGUUACUUAAGAAGUUUGUACUUGGCAAUAAACCCUCACCAUUUGCUCCAUCAUUUGACAGUCCCAAGCAACAACAUAAAGAGGAAGAGAACAGCUAUUUCUCCUAUAAUGAUGACCAUACUGAUUAUAUCUCUAGUGCCCGUAGAAAAGGAUAUCAAUCAACUAACAGUAGUAAAUCUUUCUCUUUCAGACACAAUAAUUCUGAUGACGAGGCUGAUGUUCUAAUUUUAGAAGAUCUUCGUCGUCAAAUUUAUGAGACGAAGCGUACAUUAGAUCGUAUGCCUAAACCCAAUACUAAAACACGCUAUAAUGCUAGCAGUAAAUAUUCUUUAGAAGAGCUUAAAGAAAAGAUUAGAAGAGCACACGAAGAUAUAACUAACGCUGUUCGUACUAAUCCUGCAUCAAAGAAGUAUAUGGAAAAUGACGAUAUUUUAUUGGAAUUACUGGAAACUCAGAAAUCACUUCAAGACGAAAUUCAAUAUUUGUGUAAUCGUGAUAUUCCAGUCUUAGCUCGUCAAUUACGUGGCUGUACAGCUGAAUUGAGGGAUGCUAAGGUUCGUUAUGCAAGAAAAAACGAUGGAACUGAAGAUUAUAUGUCCUUUAUUCAACCUACAGGUCCUGGUGGUACAAUCACCGAAAGUGAUCGUGUACGUGCUAAAGCUAAAGCUAUGAUGGCUGCUCGUAAGGCCGGUCAUACUGAAUCUAGUAUGGAUGCUAAUCUCAGCCUUCGUCGUGCUGAGGAACAGAAGGAAGAGACUGAUCGAAAAGCGGAUAGCAUCGAACGUGAAAUGGAAAAAUCUCGUACAGCCUUAUUGGAUAUGCGAGGCGAUUUAAGAUAUUUUGAGGAGAUGGUGGAAAGGAAAGAUUUACAGGAGAAAAAGCAGUUUGAAAAUAGUCAAGAUCUUUCGUAUGAGUUGCGUCAUUUUAUUGAACAAUUGGAUAAAAGAACUAAUGAUUAUCCAUCUUAUGCUCCUCGACAACUUUCAUCUAAUUCUGUUGGAAAUGUUGGUGGAGCACGUAAUUCCGCUUCUGUUAGCCCAUCACCUGCUAUUAAUGCGUCAAGUCCUAAACCCAAGCCUUCACCUGCUCGACCUCGUACAGCAGAAGAAAUCAAAAAAGAGGCGGAAAGACGAGUUCAAGAACGCUUGGCCGCAAUUCAAGCUAAACGCAAUCAUGCUGGUUCACCUAAGACUGGAUCAUCAAUACCACCUAUUAGCAAACCAAAUGAAGCUGAAGAAUCUACUCAACGUAAGGAAAUGGAGUAUAAGAAUAAACAGGAUGAACUUGAACGUAUUCAAGAAUAUGAACGUCUGGAACAACAACGACAAGAGUUGGAAAAAGCUAAGAAUGCUAGAAGACAACAAGAACUAGAAGAGCAAAAACGAAAACAAGAAGAAAAGGAAUUAGAAGAAAGAAGAAAACAAGAAGAAAAAGAAUUAGAAGAAAGAAGAAAACAAAUAUUGGAAAAGGAGGAAGCAGAACGUCAAGCCCGCUUUGAGGCAAUUAAGCGUAAUGAAGAGAUGGAGGCUGCAAAUAAAGCUCAAAAGUUAGAUGAAACACCUGAAGCAGUGCCCUCAGAGUUAUCGUAUUCUGCUCCACCAGCGCCCCCAGCACCCCCAGCACCUCCAGCACCUCCAGCACCUCCAGCUCUUAAUACAUCAUCAUCAACCAGUAGUAACAAUCCUUUUGCUAAAAUACAACAAUCAAACAAUAUUAAUACUGAUUCCUCUAAUGCAGAAAAACCUAACGAACCUUCUAACAAGCGUAUUAGUUAUAACCCUUUUGCUACAUUUUCUGCAUUCUCUGCUACAAAAGCUAGCUCUAAAGAUGAUACUGACUCUGAGGAUGAUGGUUGGGACGAUGGUCAUGAUGAUUCAGAAGAUGAAAAUGAAUUCCCUGCUGCUGGUAGUGCUAAAAAUUUGGCUGGUAAGCUAUUUAGUGCUAUAAGUAAAAUUUCAGAUAUUGCAACUGUACCUGCAACAUCCCCUAAACCUAAUGAAGCAGACUUUACACAUUCUAAUACGGCAUCUAAUAAUACUCCAUCUGUGUCUGUAGCUAACAAUAACAUCUCUACGCCACCACCCCCACCUGCUCCACCUGCUCCACCUGCUCCUGUAGCUAUGCCAUCACCUGAAGAGGUUGUAGCGUCACCAAUUGGCGGUGAUAUGAGAAAUGCUUUGUUAAGUCAAAUCCAAAAAGGAGCUAAACUAAAGAAAGCAGUAACAAAUGAUCGUAGUGCUUCCUCAGUUGCUGGAAAAGUUAUUGAUAAUGACCAAACCCCUAUUCAACCUGAUCAUUCCCAAAAUACAGCUGAGAGUAUCACCCCUACACCUGUUUUUACUCCUAUGUCAAGUGAUAGUUUCUUUGCAGAAUUACAGGCUCGUACCAUUUCUAAUCCUAAUGAUGUCACAGAAACUGAUAUUAAUACUGAUGCAAUUCCACCUGUGUCUACUGAUUCUAUCACAGAACAAUCACCCAAACAAGAGUUUGUCGCUCUUUGGGAUUAUUCUGGAUCGGGGUCCGACGAUCUUAUCUUUGCACAAGAUGAUAUUAUUCUAGUUCAAGAUAGCAAUGAAUCUGAAGAUUGGUGGUAUGGUACUUUGCAAAAGAAUGGGAAAACUGGCUACUUUCCUAAAAACUAUGUACAACCAAAGUCUGAAGUUCCACCUGAAUUAGAUAUUAAAGCAAAAGCUUUAUAUGAUUUUGAAGGACCUAAAGGACAAGGUUGUUUAGAUCUGAAGUUAGGUGAAAUAAUCACUAUCCUUGUUAAAGAAAAUGAUGACUGGUGGAAGGCUAGAUCUGAGGAUGGUACCCGUGAAGGCCUAGUACCUGUCAAUUAUGUGGAACAAAUUUAAUCUUUAAUACAUACUCAAUACAUUUUUAUAAAGCUACAUAAUGUGCUUGUAUAUACUCUUUAUUAAUAUGGUAUAUCAUCAUUUUAUCUGCUUCAGAGCAUGAGUGUUAAAAAAAAAAAACAAAAAAAAUCCACAUUAUUGAUUCUAAUUUUUAAGGAUUGAAUAAUA